UCUCGUAGGAUAAACAGAUCGACUUACCCUCGUUUAACGUGAGAAGACUUUCUCCUCUGAUUAACAUGUGGUUUCAACAGCUAAAAUUUCUUGGUUACUUAUGGAGAAAACCUAAUGAAUAACGGAUUUUAUUUCUGCAUUGACUUAGCAGUUAGCCAUCCAUUUGUCUACUUGGCUAAAGGCCGAGGGGCUACAACAGUACUGGAGGGUGUAAAGGAGGGCGACCACUGUAUAUACCUACACGCCACGCGCCUUAAACAUUAUGGAUAUAAGGCCUUGUUAUGACAAUGGCGAGAGUAGAGUCAUUAAAACAAAAGUUAGAUGUACAGAGGACAAGACCAAGGCUUCAUUCGAAGGUUGUUUCUUAUUUCCAAAUUCUGUAAAGGAUUAUACUACGAAGGUGUAUCCGAAUUAUUCGAAGGAGAUAUAUUUGCUUCUUUCCAAACAUUAGGAACAGCGGAUCGGAGGACAAGAUGUUAGUGUUUAUGCUACAGGAAGAAGGCAGUGACAGUUUCACCUAGUCCACGACUUGACCAAGGAAAAUGAUUAUAGUGCAAUUGGAUUUAUUAUUUACGACCGACAAAUGGAAAUAAUUCUAUAGUGGAUAUAUACUUGGAUGAUUAGACAACGGGUUUAACUUAACUACAUUGAUACCCACGUGGUCACUUUGACUGUAUCCUGUCGUGUACAUAGCCAGCUACUGAAUGGUGUUUCACCACCCCUACCUGGAGCGGGGAAAGGAGAGGAGGUGGUAAUUUCAACAUUCAAUAUUUAUGUUUUCUUGAGAGAGAGAAACAAAACGUGUUUUAAAUUCAGUUUGGAAAUAGCACUUAUUCCAAAUUAUUUGCUAAUCUGCACUGUGAAUUUGAUUGAUUCAGGGGGAUACCGUCCAAACUCCCCAUCCACAUGGCAAGCAGUAACUACUGCACGCGAUAUGUCGCGGGUAUUAUGGCGUCGCCUUAAUAGCGGAGUGUGUUGCGUAUCGUAUUUGUGACAGGAUUACUGAUCGGGUACAGUGGCUGGUCACGGCCUUCAGAAUUCAUACGGGAUCGGGAUGAUGGCGAGUGUGCUGUUACUACAAACUUUAACCGUUCUACAUAUCAUAUUACUGUCAAACCGGGUAGGGGCGGAGAGGUUCUUCCAAUAUCGGGAUCAUCGGGAUCAGGGCAAUUUCAUACGUCUAAGAAAAAAUACCAAUAUGGUGAGGAACGUUUUAGAAGCUGAGAUGCAGCUGGAAAAGUAUGGAUAUUUACGAUGCAAAGUGAGACGAAAACGCCGUUCAUUGGACUUGAACCUAGUGGAGAAUCAACCCUCUCAACAUUCCCUUCACUCAAUGGUGGAAGAGGAAGUUCCUGAGUGUAGUGACAUAGAAGUUCAAAAUGCAAUACGGCAUUAUCAGAAAACAUAUAAAUUACCAGAAACGGGUGUUGUGGACGAAGAGACUCGACGGCUCAUGAGCACGUCACGGUGUGGUAACGCGGACAACGAAAAAGAUAGACAAAAGCAGCGAGAGGCUGCGGCAGCUGCAGCUCAGGCUGAGACAGAAGCAGAAAAUCUUAAACAAGUAUUAAAUAGUAAUGAACAUUUCCAAACAAUAGCAAAAGCGAGAAAUAAAGGUAGCCGUCGACCGUGGAAGCGGUCAGCGAAAAGUACAUUGUUAAUGAAAGCUUUAACUGGUGAUAUUAAUAAUAGAGUAAUAGGUAGAUCAAGAACUAAGUACAUUCAAGAUUUUAAAACUAAAUUAAAAGAAGAUACUAAAAAACUAUUGCUAAAUCCAGAAAGGCAGAAAAGAGAUACAAGUGUCGUUUCAAUGGUAACGAACGCUAGCAUAUGGGAUGGACAAAAGUUCACAAAACACGAUAUCGCUUGGAGAUUACUUGAAACGGGAUUUAGCACAAGAAUUCCUGUGGAAGAACAAAGAGCUAGUCUAAAUUUAGCGUUUAGGAUGUGGAGUGAAGUUAUUCCUGUUCGAUUCGAGGAAACAAAUUCUGGAGAUAUAAGAGAUGUGGAUAUAGAAAUUGCCUUCGGAAGAGGUUCACAUCAGAACUGCGGUCGAAGGUUUGACGGCCAUGGUGGAGAGAUCGCCCAUUCUGUGAUUGGUGGAAACGUCCAUUUUGACGACGAAGAGGACUACAAGUCUAUAGAAUCCAUCAAUAUGGAGAAGGAUGGCAUCUAUCUUCUCCGGGUGGCGGUGCACGAGAUCGGUCACGUGCUCGGACUGACCCACACAGACAAGCCAUAUUCUAUUAUGUACGCAAUCUAUCAAUCCGUCUCCUCCGAUAAGGAGUUCGAGUUGGGUUGGGAGGACAGGAAACAAAUACAGACGCUUUACGGUGUUUGUAAGGGCCGGUUCAGUGCGGUGUUCGACUGGGUACGGAAGCGACCAGACAACCAGUUCAUCUUCAACACAUACUUUUUCCGUGAAAACCACUACUGGAUGUACGAGAAUCAUGCCAACCGCACGCGUUACGGCGACCCCCUGUACAUUGCACGUGAGUGGAAGGGUGUUCCCGAUGACGUCGACGCCUACAUCCAUGUCUGGUACUUCGCUGGCAACGUCAUCAUAGAUGAUGCUUACUUCUUUAAAGGCGAGAAUUACUACAAGUACAACAGUGAGGCUGACUUGGUGUACGAUGGCUGGCCGCGACUAAUCCGAGAUGACUUUGGACCCAAACCAGGCGAGGAGGGAGUUGAAGGCGUUCCGGAUCAUUUGGAUUCGGUUUUCUUCGAUAUGAGGGAUAGGAAUAUCUAUUUCUUCAAAGGCGAGUGGGUUUAUGUGUUCGAUCCAAAGGAACCUAUGGAAACCCGUGGCUGUUGCAUCCGGAAACGGACGUUUGUAGAAGAAUUCCCGACCAUUGAAGGAGACGAACCUUUGACAGGAAAUGUGGACGCUGUGUAUUACUCCUACAAAAACAAAACAGUAUAUUUCAUCAAGGACGAACAUGUUUGGCAAAAUUAUCUAUUUCAUCCCAGACAGAAAAAGCAAAUUAGAAACGCUAUAAAAUACGUUGGCAAAUGGUAUGAGAUGUGGUUCGACAUUUGCGAUGUACGCAAAAUGCACGACGAACCCUUCGAGAUAAAGAGUGACAUUGUGCCUGCGCCGGAACCCGAUGACCAAGAAUUUGGUACGUGAUCAAAACUUACCAAUCACUGGAGAAAAAAAACUAAAUAUGGGAGCAAAUCAUGAUCAGUAAUAACAAAUACUGAAACGUGCGCUGGUCACGUGAUAAACGUUGGACACGACAGGAAAUGAUAAAUCGCUGGUGACCCGUAUGAGCAGCGUUAUAUCUACUUAAUGAAAACUAUUUCCGGUACACAGUUUUUAAAAUACGACAUUCGGGUAGUAGCAUUAGCAAAUGACAGAAGCUUGUCAUCUCCGUACACGGAUAUUACAUGCAAAGUAGAUGCUCGUUUCUUUUAUGACGUCACCGUCGAUACAAGUAAUCUUGUGAUGUAAUCAUUUUAAUAUUGUGUUAAUUGACAAAUCUAACACGUGCUGACAAAAGAUGAAAUUUCUUUAAUCAAUCAAAGGAUACAAUUUAUCCAUUGCGUCUAGUAGACCUAUUUAAUGUAAAGUAAGUACAUUCCCUGUUCACCGAGGCGAUGAAAACCUUCCUUCAUUGACUACAAAGGCGUGACCACCAUCAAUAUUUACUAUUACCAUGUGUACACUGUCUCACAGACGCCUAUAUGUUGUACACACCCCGAACAGCUUUCGUAGGACAUUACCGCGGUGAGUGAUGAACACCGAGAUACGGUGAAUCUUAUAGAUAGGUUGUGCCAUACUUUCAGUAGUUCGGGCUUCAUCUGACACUUUCACUACAUUUGUGGUAAUGUUAUUUGUUUCAAAGAUGUCUUUGCUGCAUAUGCGCACUCCAUUGUAGUAGUUAUGAGAGGAAGUGAUGAGUUGUUAUGGUACAGAUUUAUGCGUGUGAACCACGCACUGUUAAAGGAAACCUCGACAUGUACAUAUACAUAUAUAUAUUUAUAUCUGCGGUUCAUUUUGAAGUCAUUUGAUGCUGUGAUAAUGCUAUUUUGUACAAAUAGUAGGAUAGUUAUUUAUUCAUUAAAACUGAUGUCCAAGAAAAGUACGAUCUACUUGCAUUGAUAACGUGUUUGCUACUCUUCAAUUAUUUAAUUUCGUUGAUACUAAUUAUCAGUUCCGUUGUGUAACUAAUAUCCCAUAUCCUUUGUAAUUUAUUUAUUUGAUAAGGUUUUAAUGAAUAACAAUACAUCUUUAUAUAUACACUGUAAAACUCUUAAGAUUAGGUAAAUAUUAGUAAGUGACGUAUUGUUCAUAGUGCUUGGUUUAAAAAUUGAGGAAGAUGUAAUGGAUUUGGAGACGGAAAGAACUCUUUAAUUUUCCAACUUCAAAAUGAUGAUAUAUUUUGGUACAUUACUGCUGCAGUUGGGAUGUCAUGGUUCAUUUUUUGUAUACCAUUUUCAGCUCUUCUUUAUCUUAUGAGCGACUGAUGUUUAAUGUAACUUAUCAUCAUACUACUUGCGAAUUGAACAAUAUAGAGGUACCUAUCUGUCUCGAGUCAAAAGAUAUUACUCAAACCUACUACGUCAUGUUUUAUUUAUAUGGCGCUGAUAAAAGUGUGUACAUUGCUAUGAGCAUUACAAUUGUACGUCAUCGACAUAUGCCACAUUAAAUUCAGUGUAGACAUGAUGUAUCGUAUUUCGUUGUAAUAUGUUUAGAACAAUGUUAGAUCACGGAAUUAUUUGUGUCCAUUCUAAGUGACACAUUUGAACAUACAUUUUGUGCAAUAAGGGACGGUACACCAUUUUCAAUGAUACAGCUUAUUUAUGUCAUUCUGAUCAUUACAUAUAAUUAUAGUGACACGCAGUAUUGUGUUUCGGAAUGUGUCAUUAGUACACUGCAAAGUGUAUCAUGAUCACUAGAUGGAUACAUUACAUCACAUCCGGUACGUCACAUCCGUGACACUUGUAUCGUUGUUAAUCUGUUAUAAAUUCAUGCCGUUUUUAUGUCGAUGUAAUUAUUUUAUUAACUCAUCAUCUUUGUCAUUUUUGUGUGUUAAUCGCCAGUAUUGAGUCAUGCUCUGGAUUAUAAGAUGUAAAAAUUCCAGACAUCACGUUAUGUUUUGAGAUUUUAAUUUGGUUAUGUGUAUAUUUUUACGUAUUUUAUUUAUACCACAUCAUUUAUCAUCGAUUAAAUGUCAGAAACGGAUGACCUUGUCGUCUGUUUUCAUCAAAUCCAUCGUCAUCGUUGACAUUUUUAUUGUUAAAUAUCGAGACAUUAAUCCAUACUCAUGCGUUCAUUGCAUCUUGCACUGGUUAAAGAGAUUGUCUUCGACCGGAACCUCGCUCUGAUGCCCGUUACCAAGGUGUUUCACUUGGUUGUCAUCGUAUCUAUGAUGGUGUCACUGGCACGUGUCGCCACAUCUGCACGUGCAAUACGUGGUUCAGCUUUGGAGUCAGUAAUGAAACAACAAAUAAAAACUGAACUCAGAAAAA